AUGAGAGUGAAGGUUGAUGGUCAGCAGCUACACCAUUUGCGCUUUGCGGAUGACAUCGUACUGAUAACACCUAGCAUCAGCCUAGCGGAACGAAUGCUGACCGAAUUCGACGAAACAUGUGGAUGCAUCGAUUUUCAGCUGAAUCUGCAAAAGACGAUGUUCAUGCGCAACGGAUGGGUCUUGUCACGCUCAACGGAACAAACAUAUCCACCAGCUACGUUUAUCUGGCUCGGGAAUUCAAAACAUGAUGAACGACCUGACCCUCGAGCUGGGCAGGAGGACACGAGCGGCUUAGGGAGCGUAUAA